AGGCAGCUUUAUAUGGUGGGUUUGUGUUCCUUGCUGUCAGGUUCUCCAGAGAUGGAAACAAGGAGGUUAGAGGGGAAAUGGGAGAAUGAAGAGCCGGACACUGAGGAUCCUCUGGACACAAUAAAGAGGGAAAUGGAUCCCGUUCCUGGGGCCGCUUUCCCAUUGGCUGAAUCAGAAAUAUUACAAAUAAAAAUAAAGGAAGAAGAACUGGACCCUGAAGAAGAUCAUGUGACCCCAAUGGAAAGUUCAGCAGUACCAGUUAGUGAUGGGGUCCCUUUCAGGUAUGUUAUGAUCGGCUUUACUGCAAUCAUGAUGCGAUGGAGCUGAAACCUUUCUGCAAAGUAUUCCUACUGCUGCUGCUGCAAUGUCUGCUCUUGUCACUGUCGCUAUGAACAACAAUUUGCCAAUAACAUUUCCAUAUUGGUGGUUGUCUGUCAAUAAUCGCUCACCAUUGUCGCCUUUCAGAUAUUCAACUUCCAUAGGCGUUUCACUUCCUUCGCUUCCUCCAUUCCACAACAGGUCAUCAAUUCUUCAAUUUUAUUUUUCUGAUUAAGUAGGAAACUUCCAUCCUCGUCUCUCUCAAUUUCUAUUCCAAGGUGGGACCAUGAAGGCUGAGCACAGUUCUGAACUGCCCAAACCAGAGACUGACUGGGAGUCCGGCACAAGAUCUGGCGAUUGCUUGACAAGACUCGAUGGUUUUAUCUGCUAUAAAUGUGGUGAAACCUUCACUGUGAAUAGUCAUCUUCUCAGCCACCUCUGUGGGAAACACGAGAGAAUCCACUCCAGAGAGAAACUAUACAGCUGUACAGAUUGUGGGGAAAAAUUUUCUUUAUUCCCUAGUUUGGUUACACACAAGAGAAUCCACGCAGGGGAGAAACCUUUCACCUGUACAGAAUGUGGGAAAACGUUUAAUAAAAAGCAAUACCUUCUCAGCCACCGGAGAAUUCACACAAAAGUAAAACCAUUUGCCUGUAGAGAAUGUGGGAAAAGCUUCACUACAGAGACAGAACUCCAAUCUCACCAAAUGAUUUACAUGGAAAGGGACCCAUUCACCUGUACAGAAUGUGAGAGAACCUUCACUACAGAGAGAAAUCUAAAAAUUCAUCAAAUCGUUCACAGGGGGAAGAGCCCAUUCACCUGUAGAGAAUGUGGGAAAAGCUUUACUGCAAAAUCAAUCCUUCAUGUGCAUGAAAGAACUCACACCGGAGAGAAACCAUUCACCUGUAAACAAUGUGGGAAAUGUUUUACUAGAAAGUCACAACUUUGCAGACACGAGAAUAUUCACACAGGGGAGAAUCUUUUCACCUGUAAACAAUGUGGGAAAAGUUUUACUGAAAAUUGUGCCCUUCUCAAACAUGAAAUAGUUCACUCUAGGAAGAAACCAUUCACCUGUACAGAAUGUGGCAAAGGUUUUUCUGCAAAAUCCACAUUUUACGUACACAAAAGAAAUCACGCUAGAAAGAAACCAUUCACCUGUACAGAAUGUGGGAAACAAUUUAUUUCAAAAUUUUACCUCCAUGUACACAAAAGAACUCAUACUGGUGAGAAACCAUUCAUCUGUACAGAAUGUGGUAAAGGAUUUAUUUCAAAACAGUACCUUCAUGUACACACAAGAGUUCACGCUGGAGAGAAACCAUUAACCUGUAUAGAAUGUGGGAAAGGAUUUAUUUCAAAAUAUUACCUUCAGGUACACAAAAGAAUUCAUGCUGGUGAGAAACCAUUCACCUGUACAGAAUGUGGGAUAGGAUUUAUUUCAAAAUAUUACCUUGAUGUACACAAAAGAAUUCACACUGGGGAGAAACCGUUCAGCUGUACAGAAUGUGGGAAAGGAUUUGUUUCAAAGCAUUACCUUCAUGUACAUAAAAGAAUUCACACUGGCGAGAAGCCAUUCACCUGUACAGAAUGUGGGAAAUCUUUUUCUGAAAGGGGCAACCUUAAAUGUCACCACAAAACUCACACUGGAGAGAAACCGUUCACCUGUAUGGAAUGUGGGAAAUGUUUUACUGUAAAGAGUGCCCUUAACCACCACUACAAAGCUCACAUUACAGAGAAAGCAGUCCGUUGUACAGAAUGCGGUAAAGAGUUUACUUCAAAGUAUUACCUGAAUGUACACAAAAGACUUCACACUGGAGAGAAACCAUUCACCUGUACAGAAUGUGGGAAAUGUUUUUCUGAUAAGAGUACACUUAAAUAUCACCACAAAACUCACACUGGAGAGAAACCGUUCACCUGUACAGAAUGCGGGAAGAGUUUUACUGAUAAAAGUAUACUUCGAAAGCACCAAAGAACUCACACUGGUGAGAAACCAUUCACCUGUACCGAAUGUGGGAAAUCUUAUUCUGCAAUGAGCACUCUUAAAUGCCACCGCAGAACUCACACUGGAGAGAAACCAUUCACCUGUACCGAAUGUGGGAAGAGUUUUACAGAAAAAAGUAUACUUCGAAAGCACCACAAAACUCACACUGGAGAGAAACCAUUCACCUGUACAGAUUGUGGGAAAUCUUAUUCUGCAAUGAGCACCCUUAAAUGCCACCGCAGAAUUCACACUGGAGAGAAACCAUUCACCUGUACAGAAUGUGGGAAAUGUUUUUCUGAUAAGAGCGCACUUAAAUACCACCACAAAACGCAUACGGGAGAGAAACCAUUCACCUGUACUAAAUGUGGGAAGAGUUUUACUGAAAAAAGUAUACUUCGAAGGCACCACAAAACUCACACUAGAGAGGAACCAUUCACUUGUACAAGGUUUCCUUUUAAAACAACUCAUACAAUAGAUGCUUGAGAGGAACCUUUCAUGGGUCACUGAUGUGGUAAAUGAAAAAGUGCUAGAACAUCACUGCUAGAAGAUGUCGAUUUGUUAAAUAAAGCUUAACGCUACUGACAUUUUGAUGGGCAAACAUGACCCCAACUCUUUACACUUAGCAGAAAUAUUCAGCCAGAUACAAUGCAGUAGCUUCUCUCAAAGCCAAGGAAAUGUUCCUGAGACUCGGCCUAUGUCCCUGCCGUCCCAUUGUUUCAGAUUAAUGGGCUGAUCAUAAAAGGAUUGUGCAGCUGUUGAGGAGGACGAGGGUUAUAAUCCCUUGGGGUGUCCCAUGAGCCACCAGUUUAGUAGGUUUUAUAAAUGGCAUUAAUUUGUUUGUUGUAGAGUAAAGAGUUGAGUGAAACCUUGAGGAUAAGAUGAUCAGAGGAAGGAGUCACUCUGUGUAAUUGAGAUUAAAACCAAAUGGCAGUGGUUCCCUAAUGGGUUGAGGAGAGUAGGGCGGUUUGGACUUCAUUCCUCGAGUGCCUUUACUUUCCCUAAUAAACUUUAUCCAUUAACCUUAACACCACAAAAGAAUAAACCAAAUAAAGGACCAUGGAAACUCA